ACAGCUGGCAGCAUUGCCACAUGUCAUUACGCAGUCCGUGUAUUUGUAAGAAAAAGUGGAUUUUAAUGCGCUUUAACUAAUGUCCCGCAUAUUAUUGACAAUAAAUUAUUGUCCUAAAAUUUUAUUUUCAUCGCUCAACUAAAAUCAAAUUUAUUAACAGUAACCAAGUUACAGCACUUUAAUAAACACAUGAAAAAUUGUGCGGUGGCAAUCCUAGCUGGGUUGAGUAUUUGACGCAAACUUUCAAGCCGUUUGUGGAAAAUAUCGCAUAAUUUGGUUUGCGCCAGCAGUAUUUGUGGCUCACAAUUUCUCUGUUAUGAAUACCAGUUCAAAUUCAACAAGCUUUCAUGAAUUCUGGAUAGAAUUCAUUGAGCUUUACAAGUCCAAGCCAGUGCUGUGGAAAUAUGGGACUGAAAUCUAUAAGGAUCGAAAAGGAAAGAAGCUUGCCUAUUUGGAGCUGGUGGAGAAGAUGCGCGAAGUUGAGCCAAAUGCCACUGUUGAUAUGGUCAAGAAGAAAAUCAACAGUUUGCGUUCAUGCUAUAGACGCAAGUGGUACAAAGCUCAAGAGGACCUUAAGCUUGGAAUAGAUGCAGAUGUUAAGUGGGUAUACUAUAAACAUUUUAAUUUCCUUCGCGAAUGUAAGGACACAGAGGAAGAAGAGGAGGAUAGUUGGAGUCAGUGCGAGGAUAGUAGCUUUGUGAGACUUGAUAAUUCAGAGCCGCAAAGUGAUGCAGAUGAAAACGAUUAUAUUGUGGAGUAUGCACCACAGAAAAUGAAUAGUAAGGGUACAUAUUAUUCGCCUAAUCUAUCAAAAUCAAGCAAUGAAUUAAAAGAUGUCGCAUAUACUGGCCUGAAUAAAUCGAACGAAGAGGAUGGCAUCAUGGAUAUGGCUCUAAAAAUAUCCGCCCAACAUAAAUUCUGGAUAGCGUUUAUUAACUUGUACCGAUCAAAGCCAGAGUUGUGGAAACAUGGCAGUGAAGUGUAUAAGGACCGUGAUGCAAAAAAGGUAGCUUACUUGGAUUUGGUAGAAAAAAUGCGUGAAGUUGAACCGAAUGCCGAUGUAGAUAUGGUGAAAAGAAAAAUCAACAGUCUGCGUUCGAUCUAUAGAAGGAAAUGGCACAAAAUGAAACGAGCAAUCAGUUUGGGUAAAACACCCGAGGUUAAAUGGGUUUAUUUUGACCAUUUCUCCUUUCUCCACGAGUGCAAGGACCCGCUGGAUAAUAACGGCAGUUGGAAUCACUGUGACGAUAGUAUAAAUACAAAAUUUAAUUAUAACUGCACCGACACAGAGCAGAAAGAUAUUGACGAAAUUGAAGUCAUCGAGGAGGUUUCACUUUUAAAUGACUCAAAAAAGGCGGAAUGUGAACUACCCUCGCCUAGUCCAAAAAGGAUUCGAAAUGAGGCAACGGAUGUAUCCUUUAAGAAAUUGAAAGAUUCCAAUGACGAAGCUGAUAUUUUGGGUAUAAGUUGGGCAUAUCAAUAUCGAAGUUUAACCGAAACUCAAAAGCUGUUUGCUAAGAAAGCUAUUGACGAUAUUUUAUUUGAAGCUCGCUUAGAGACUCUGCAUCGGAAUUCAGUAAAGAUUAAUACGCCAAGAUGUGACAAAUGUAACAAUUAAUAAAAAAGGUAAAGUGUAUACUAAAAACAUUGCGUCAAUGUUACGAUGCUUAAACUUUUUUAAUUGGAUAGCACUCUAAAUUAUGUCUUCGAUUCUUACUUCAAAGAUACGUCAUAUUCAAAUUAAUUUCUUUUAUACUAUUUUUAAUUAAAACAUUAAAACUAUUUAUAGAAAAACUAGAUUUACAAGUAUGUAUGUAUGUACAUAUGUAUAAACGUUUUUGUGUUUUGAACAAACAUCUGAGAUGAGUUCUUCCCCUAGUAAAGUUACGGCUUUAAAUAAAAAAAUUACCGUUUUUUAAUCUC